AUGAAGCUCUUUGGGCAUACCGAACAGCGUACAAAACACCCAUUGGAACCUCCCCGUACCAAAUGGUAUUCAGAAAAGCUUACUGUCGGUGGAAUUAGAACAUCAAGCUUACUGGGCGAUCAAGGCUUACUGUCGGUGGAAUUAGAACAUCAAGCUUACUGGGCGAUCAAGAAGCUUAAUCUAAAUCCAGAGUUAGCAGGUCAGAAGAGGCUGGAUCAAUUGCACGAUUUGGAGGAGUUUCGGCUCCAUGCAUAUGAAAAUGCCAAGCUCUACAAAGAGAAAACAAAACAUUGGCAUGAUAAGCACAUCAUCACCCGCAUUUUUGAACCAGGACAAAAGGUACUUCUAUUUAAUUCUAGACUAAAGCUUUUUCCAAGGAAGCUGCAAUCCAAGUGGAGUGGACCUUUUGAAGUCGUACAGGUGACGUCAAAUGAAGCUGUGGAAUUGUGGAAUACAACGAAGACAUCCACCUUUUUGGUAAAUGGACAAAAAGUUAAACAUUACUUUGGUAAGGAUGUUAACCAUGAAGAGGAGACCAUUGAACUAGAGAACGAGUGA